CGCUGCUGCUGCUGCUGCUGUUGGCCUGUAAACAUGGCUACCGCCGGAACAACUGGAGACGAGCUGAAGAAGGAGCUCACGUGUGCGAUUUGUUUGGAGUACUUCAAAGACCCUGUUAUCCUGAAAUGCGGCCACAAUUUUUGUCGCUUUUGCAUUUGCAUGCACUGGGAUGAAAAUGGCGAAGACUACGGGUAUCAGUGCCCACAGUGCCGAACGGUGUUCAACAAGAGAACAUUCACUAAAAACUACUUGGUGCAGAACCUAGUGGCCAAACUGGAUGAUCUGGAGUGUCUGGGUUCUUGUUCGACACCAUCCAAACCUUUGAAAGUGGAUGGAAAGUGUGAAAAACACGGCGAAGAGCUCAAACUGUAUUGUCAGACCGAUAAGAGGCCGAUCUGUGUGGUGUGCCGUGAAUCUAGAGCACACAGACACCAUGAGGUGGCGCCAGUGCCAGAAGUUGUGAAUGAUAUGAAGAUGGAGUUAAAGCUGAGGCUAAUGGGACUCAACUGGCAGAAGUCUCAGUGUGAAAGCGUUCAAACGGCUGAUGAAUGCACCAAAAGUGAAGUGAGGAUGAAGAAACAGAGACUGAAGGAUAAGAUCGAGGCAGAUGUCGGUGCCAUGGUUCAGUUCCUGCUGGAUGAGAGAGACAGCCUGCUUGAGAGCUUGGACGCCGAGGAAGCAGCCACCCUGGCGGUCAUAGACGAGAACCUCAAGAUGGUGGAGGAAGAGGCUGAGGAUGUGGAAAAAACCAUCUCUGACAUCCACAGGCACAUCAGUGGGAAAACGAGCUUUGAGAGCCUUUGUGAGGCAUUUGAUGAAGCCGUCCAUUGCAAACCUUUCACAUCUAUGGAGGCAGUUAAUUGUCAGACUGAGUUCACAGACUUCUCAGGGCCCAUCCAGCUUAUCGUGUGGAAGAAGAUGAUGCACGUGCUACACACCAUGCCUCAGAACCUCACGUUGGACCCACAGACCGCUCACCCAAACCUGCUCAUCACAGACUUUGACACCAAAGUGGAGGAGGGCCGAGUCCGUAGCCACGAGCCAGACAUGCCAGAACGAUUCACCCGCUUCUGUGGUGUCCUCGGCAUCGCCAAGUAUGCCACUGGCCAGCACUACUGGGAGGUGGAUGUGAAGGACAAGGGCGUGUGGUACCUGGGAGUCACCACCGUGGGCAGCAACAGGAAGGGCUUUGUCAGCCUCACUCCCUCGGCAGGAUACUGGAGCCUGUGUCUGCAGGACCGGCUCUAUGCCAACGGGGAGGACGGACGCAUCCCGGUCGCUGACUACUGGACCUCGCCGAGGGUCGGCGUGUACCUGGACUACGACAAUGGGCGUCUGAGUUUCUAUGACGCGGUCACGAUGAAGAGACUUUACAUGUUUGACACCUGCUUUGAGGAGCCGGUGUCUCCCUUCUUCAGUCCGGGGAAAUACGAUCCUGGCAGCAGGCUGCAGAUAUGCCACUAUUACUGAGACACAGCCGCUGUGAUGGGGGGGGGUUACAUUAUUUAAGAGUCGAGUCAUGGAUGCCGGUGGUUACUGAUUUACUGUUGGCAAGGGUUUAGACACACACUGUAGCCUCAUACCCCUUUGUGGUUUGGAGAGGUGCUUUGCUCUGUGCCACUGUGUCUGCUGGGAAUACAGAUGCCCCACAUGCUAUGCUACAGUAUGUUGCAGUGUUGUUUGUCCUGGUAAGGUGGGUACUCCUGCCAUGUAGGUGGAACCCCAAGGACAUAUGUUAUUGGUAGAUGCUGAUGGCUAAGAUUUCCCCUCAUUAAUGCUAAGACUGAAGAAUUGGUGCUGAUAGUGAUGUGACUUAAAUUGGCGAGCUUGUACAGAUAUUUCCCGCUCUCAAUUAUUUAACUUCCAGAAACCUAAUGGCUCAGGUUGUGUUGUUUUUUUUCUUUUUUUUUCUGGAUUUUAUCAUCAGUACAGAUAAUUUUAUCCGCUUUUUACAAUCCACUUAACCUUAGAUUGUUUUAAAUACUGUAAAUAUGUUUUGGUUGUUGAUAAUCCCUUUGUAAAUUUCUCUCCGCUUAUUUUUGUGAGCACAUGUGAUGCUAUAUUAAGCAAAGUUUUGAGAUUUUGAAUCAGCAAAUGAAAGACAACGCCAACCGUUUUAAACCACCCCGAUGGAAAAUGUUUCCGCCACAUGCACCUUGAUGUUUUACUGUGAGAGACGUUCCAGUGCAGUCAGGAAUGAAAUAUAUGGAAUGCCUUUCUUAAAGGUUAUUGUUUCAGCAGCGUUUUCCUCAUUUUCCAUUACAAAAUGCUUCUGCUUCUCGGGGCAGAGUUGGUCUGUUAUCCAACUCACAGUGUGUGUGGUUUUUUUUUAUUUAUUUUUUAUCAUUUUUGAUGACUUAAUGCAGGUAUUUUGAGUUCAAUGUUAAAAAAAAAAUUUGGACAAUUUUAUGAAUGUUAUAUUUUC